CUCUCUCGGCGUCCUCGUUCCGCUCCUGUGCCUUCCCUUCGUUCCCCCCCACCACCCUCUCCUCUCGUCCCGUUUGGUCCGCUGGCGCGUGGUGCCGCUGCUGCCUCUGCUGCUGCAGCGUCGUAGAGGAGUAGAGUGUGAGUCCUCGAUCUCAAGGCACCACUGAGAGCAGCUGCUGUUGCUGCUGCUCCCAGACGAGGAUUGGAAGCCAAGGCACAGAGUAGGAGGGAAGGAAGGUGGGGGCGAAUGUUGCAGAUCGAGUGAGUGGCGCGUGCUUGGAUCUCCUGCUGGCCCAUGGGCUGAGUGGAGUGGACUGACUGAGUGGAGCAGCUCAUCUGACUACAUGUACAUUGCUCGAGAGGCCAAGAGUGGAGUGGACUCCCGCGGAAAAUCAUUUUCCUUGCAUUUCGAGCGCAUUUGACAUUCUCGGAGAAGAAGACUGACGAGGGAGUUCAGCGGAACGGAGGGGAACGACAGACAGACAGACAGACACCGAGCAUGGCGCAAGUGAGUGAGUGAACGAGCGAGCAGGCCUCUGUCGGACUGACAUUGCGGAGAAACGAGCUGGUACCGAGGCGAAGCUGACAAAAGCGAACGAGCUUGGGUUCCGAGGCUGACUACGAUCCCUCCAUCUUCAUUACACAGUCAGUGAAGGCUUCUGAGGUGCCUCACCUGUCAGCAACUGGCGGAAGUGCGAAUGUGGUGAAGGAAAGGGAAGGUGCGAGUGAAGAGCUAGGAACUGUGAGUUUAAGAGCUAUGAGCAACCAAUGAAGAGGGUUGGCAUUGCUACAAUGGCAUCAGUGAGAACGAGGACAAGCAUUUGUGCUAAGGGAGAGCUGGAGAAAGAGAUAACGGGGAGGACAAGUUAAGCUGAGUCGAGAUGAGUUGAAAAGGGAAAAUGGGAAGGUAGGAGCUGGAGUGAAUUCUAGAAGCGUUGGAGGGAAGGCAGCCCAGGUUUUGAGGAUUGAAAUAUCUGACACCGGUGGAAAGGAAGGGCACUGGUGUUGUCUCAGCUCUAACAGCGCGGAGAUUUUCAGGAGACUAUUUGAAGUUCACUCUGUCAAAGCAGGGCGUUAUGAGGGCCCUCUAUCGGAAGCUGGUUUGGCUUCUAUUUGUUAAAUGUAUACUAUGCCUUGUAAGAUCAACUCAUGCUGCCAUCCCGGACUACUCAGUUUCCCAAAUUAACACACUCGUACGAGAAACAUUUUUCCCUUUCCAGGGCAUUGAACGACAUCAACUUCUUGACAUUUCUUUUUCAAAAAGACCAUCAUCUUUCAUUCUCGCAGUAGACUCUCCUGCUCUAGCUCCUGCUCCAGGAUUCGCAAUUCCCCAACCUGCGCCUGUUCCUGCUCCUGUCCCAGUUCCUGAGUUGUUUCCCGAGCCCGGUGAUCCACCUCUUACCGUCCCUUUCAUCGCCCCUUCUCCCGGCCCUCUCACCAUUCCCAUACCAGAUGGACCGCUGACGCCGAUGCUGUCAGGUAAUUGUUCUCUCAACUUCACGGCAGUUGCAUCGAUCACCCAAAGGACUGCGUUCGACUGUGCCGAUCCAUUAGCUGCUUAUGUUGGGGUUGUUAUUUGCUGCCCACAAUUCGACAGUCUGUUGAGAAUCAUGCAAGGGCAACAUAUGCUUACAACCGGUGCUCUUGCUCUCAACAACACAGAGGCUGAAUAUUGCUUCACGGACACAGUGAAUAUACUCAUCAGCCUAUUGGGAAAUAGCAGUGUUCCCUCCUUGUGUCAAGUCACGCCGUCCAAUUUGACCGUAGCUUCGUGUCCAGUCACGACAAUGGCGGAGUUUGAGUUGCUAGUGAACACCACACUACUGCUGGAAGCUUGUGAGGUGGUUGAUCCUAUAAAAGAAUGUACUACACAAACAUGCCAAAAUCAGAUUGCCAAUGCCUCGCUGAAACUUGCUCAAGGAAUUUCGAGGAGUGUUCCCCCACAGAAGACCGUGGAUGAGUGUGAGUCUCUUGCGCUCUCAUGGUUGGCCAGCAGGCUGACACCUGCGCAAGCCAACUCUGUCUUCCGAACUGUUAUGAGUUGCAGUGUGAACAAAGUGUGCCCACUUGUAUUCAGCGACACUUCUGACGUCGCAGGAAGCUGUCGUGGGUCAAAUCCUUCCAACGUAACUUGUUGCAAGUCCUUGGAUGAUUAUCUCCUUAUCAUGCAGAAGCAAAUGCUCAUCACGAAUCAGCAGGCAUAUCGAUGUGCUGCCAAUCUUAGCCGCAGACUACUAAACGAAGGAGUGACAGCAGAUAUUUAUUCAUUGUGUGACAUCGACCUCAGGGACUUCAGUCUUCAAGCUCUGGGAACCGAAGGAUGUUUACUACCUAGUCAGCCUACUGACGUGAAUGCCACAGCGGGCAUUACUUUCUAUUGUGAUCUGAAUGAUAAUAUAGCGGCACAAUGGCCACGACCACCUCCCGCCAAUGUGAGCAGUCCAGCUCCUUCAGUAUUGCCACCUCCGGGAAGCUCCGCGUCAGAUGUUGGCGCAAGGACGGUGACUUUUCUCUGCUCUUUGGCCCUUUCCCUGCUGGUGCACAUCGUAUGGUAGGCCUCAAGUUUAGAGACAUUCUGUCGAGGAAGAAAGAGGGAUUAGAAGCUGAUGGUUGCGAAGGUAGCUGAGGAAGGCCCGAGAGAUCUCGUUUGGAUGAUGGGACCAUCGGAUUCUUGUCUAUCGAAUUUAGAAUUCUUUUUGUAGGUAUUUAACGGUGAGUUCGUUCAUUAUUAUUUAUUAUCAAAGCUUGUCACAGGGGCUCUUAGCAUGUCGAAGAAGUUGAAGAUUCAAUCCUGGAAUUGGAAAUCUAACCAAAAUGCACUUCACUUCACUUCCACUCAAUUUCGAUCGCCGCUGUAAUGAGCCCUAUGACGUUGUCCCUUCAUUCGACUGUUAUUUGGAACGUGCUCCUCGGAGUUCCUUGAGAAUAUUUAAGAUCCUCAAUACAUGCGUGACCAAUCAUCUCCGAAACACGACUUUAAACGUAAGGUCUGAAAUCUGUGAGAGUUAUGAAAUCUGACAUGCCAAAUAUGUUUCAAUAUGGAACUGUUGUUACGAUGGUCACAUUACAGUUUGGAGACCCAACAUACUGACUGACUGUUAGCUACAGGACCAUUGAAACUUACAGUUUUUCCAUGUGGUUUCGUCUUCCAAUGUCCGUGUACGCCUUUGUUUUAUUACUUCUUACUUCAUUUGCUUGUUCCGCGAUGCGGAAAUCCACCAAUCGAAACACCGACACAAAUGUCCAAGAUCUGUAAUUUUUCAGCAAAGCGCUUGGCUUCUGUGAAGGUUAUGGGAUUUAUCGAAAUCAACUUUUGCAGACAAUCCAGGGGGAAGGAUAGGCUGACACGAAUGUGGUGGUUGUCUUGCGAAGCUUUGUUAGGAAAGUCUUCAAAUUCCUUGGCUCCCUUUCAUUCGUAAUCUCUACCGUCUUAAUGAAAUUUCUGUGUACGUAUCUGUAAUCUGAAUAUAAGCUUGAAAUUCCAUGUAUGAAACGGAUUCCUUUUUUCCCGGUUAGGAAAGUUUUAAUCGGCUUAUUGUAGACUAAUUUGAUCAGACUAUUGACGUGGGAAAUUGCCUAACGUCGGUGGCAAUGAUACCAAGUAUGUUUGAUACCUAAUAUUUUAGGGGGUGAAAUUUACAAAUGGUGGAGACAGGAUAUAGCCUCGUCUGCCACAUACUACAGAGCAACUUGGAAACUCAGGAGGCGGGCUAGCCGCGACAUUUUGGGCAGAGGUCACCGAGUAACACAGGUUAGAAACAAAAAGCACUUCAGAAAGUGCUUUUGGUUGGUAGUUAAAUUGAGUUGCUAGCACACGGUUCAAGCAAUCUUCCAACACUGGAGAACCGAUGCAUCCAAUCGUAACAAAGACUUGUUAGACUUGAGAAGUAUACAAUGUUAGUCACUUGCAGA